AUGAACGACUAUCCUCGGCCAGCACUACCCUCUGGAAUUACAUUAAUUCGUGCCGUCGCCAGCAUCGCAAUGAAAGUGCCGUGGCCUGAAGUCUACGAGGAUGGAAACUCGCGGACCUUCCUGGAGGAGUUCGAGGACGUCGCUGAGCUGGCGGGAAAACGGUCGAACCAGGGUAAGUUGAUGGUCUUCCGAGAGCUCCUCAUGGGCCCGGUGCGGGCGGUGUUGGAUACGGCGCGAAGAGGACCGGAGAGAGUGCAGUUGGCCGCCGCGAAAGUAUCUCAUUCUCACCGUUAUCCUAUCAAACGUCCCUAUUUGUGA